AAAGUUCUGUUUAACAAGUUUGCAUUGAAGUUGUUUAAAUUGAACGUCAACUCUUUCUUUUUAUUUUAUCAUUUUAAAUUUGAUCUAAUUCGUGGACCAUUGUUUUAAAAUUCAAAAUUAACCGCCAACUACAUUUAAGCCACACAAUUCUUACCUCAACCAGGAACAGUAUACAUAUACAUACAUAUGUGUGUUUUUGUUGUUGAAUUUCAAAAUUUAAGGUGAAAAUUAGAGCAAAGGCCGCCCAGCUUUAAGACUCAUUUGUUUAAUUUAACAAAAUUGCGUGCUUUAUUUUGACGGCCUAGACACUUUAAUUAGCAUUAUCAGUUAGCUAAACAAAAAGUUCAUACAUACAACUACAACAACGAUAGCAACAGCCAAAACAACAACAACACCAACAACAGCAACAGCAAGAGCAAUAAUUCUCUCUAGAGAACUUACUCAUUACAAGAGACACAUGUUGUUUACGCUUUUGAGUCAUACCGCAUAGUCGUUGUUGUUAUUGUUGUUAACCCGCGUUUAUUGUGGCAUGUUUAGAGGCGUGGCAAGUGGCCGCAGGAAGUGCGAAAGUUCCUUUGUUCGUCUGUGUGUGUGUGCGUAUGCGUGUGUGUAAGCUGUGCGAAGAAGCAGCAACAGUUUAAGCCAAAAACGAAACAACCGGCUACCAACCAACCAACAAAUCCACCCACCAACAACAACAACAAGAACAACAACAGCAACAUGCCAAAUGUUGUUGUAAGCAGUUUCCGUAUGCUCCUGCAUUGCACGAGUCGCCCACAAUUUGGACUUUGUGGCAUGCGCCUAACACCGGUCACGACCUUCGCGCUGCACCUGCGACCUGGCCACAGAACUUAUGCGUCCUCGACGAGUGACGAUGACAGCGGGAGGAGGAAGCAGCCACCAAUUGGAGUUGAUGAUUUGUCGCGCCUCACUCUGGACGCCUUGAGGGCGCGUCUGCGUUCCCGUGGCCUCAGCGCAACGGGCAGAAAACAAAUUUUAAUCGAACGCUUGAUUAACUUGGAAAACUGUUCAGAUACAAAAUCAACAAGCACAACAAUAACCACAACAACAACAACAACAGCAACACAAGCAAAAUGCGACGGCAAAGAAUUCCCAACAGGUUCCAAUUUGUCGCAGGCGUGCCCUUGGGAGAAGCCACCAAGAGCUGACGAGUUGCCAACCAUGGCGACGAUAGCAACAACAACACCAACAGACGACUCGGAGGCUCAGCAACAGCCCGUGAAUCAUUUUGCCAACGCAAUUGCUUCCGGCGCUGGCGACGAGAGUACCGAUAAUUCUAUUUCUGCUGCCACCUCCUCUGUGCGCCAUGGUGAUAUCUAUGUGGAAUAUGUGAAUGGUAUGCCACACUUGACUGUGCGCCUGCCCAGCCGCAAUGAGAUGUGCCAGUUCGCCCUUAAGCCCAUCACGCACAACGUCGGGGAUCUGCUGGACAUGCUGAAGAUGGAGGAUCGUGGCAUAGAUCGGGCGGCAAUCAUCAACAAGCACGGCAUACGCAUUGCCUCCUCUUGCACCAUCGACAGCUUGCUGGAUGAUAAGUUUAGCAUACAAAUUAAUGACCGCACACUGGAAGUAGAUCCACCGCAGCGCGAUAAAAUCUCGCUAGAGGCCAUGGAUAAGGUGGACGAUGUGCGUCGCGUCAUUGCACAGCUAUACGAAGCCUUUAAUGUCAGCGAGUAUCAGCUGGAAAAGGCCAAUCAGCUGGCUAAGGAACUGGAAAACCUACGUUAUGAAUUGGAGCCGAUGGAAGAGAAAAAAAUGGAACUGAGCAGACAGGCGUCCCGUCGCACCAAUAUUAUGACCUGGUUGGGUCUCGGCCUCAUGUCCGUGCAAUUCGGCAUACUGGCGCGCCUCACCUGGUGGGAGUACUCGUGGGAUAUUAUGGAACCGGUUACCUAUUUUGUUACCUACGGCACGACAAUGGCCAUGUACGCCUACUAUUGUGUGACGAAGCGGGAAUAUGUAAUGGAGCAUGUGAAGAAUCGGGAAUAUAUCCUGACCAUGUAUAAAAGUGCCAAGAAGGUGAAUUUCGACUUGGAUCACUACAAUCUGUUGAAGCGCAAGACGGCGGAGAUCGAAUACAACCUGAGGCGUCUGCAGGAUCCGCUCAACAUGCAACUGCCCUCGCACUUAGUGCGCACACAAUCGGAGUUGCCCCCGCUGGGGUACAGCAGCGCGAGCGACGCGAAGAGUAAAGAGAAAAGUACUUAAGCCUCCCGAAGGACGUCAUAGCUAGAAGGCUAUGGGAAUCAGAUGUAGCCACCACCUAUGCGAAUGAAACUCAAAUUUAAUUUAUAACGCUCGCUCUCCAUCACUUAGCUAAUUAAAACAAAAACAAAAGAAUUUGUGAAAGUGAUUCAAAUUAUAGUCAACUAUUGAAAGUUAUAUAUACAUCUAUAUAUAUACAUCUAA